AUGAAGAACUUAACUUGUCUUGGAAAUAAGUUAGAGCAUCUUUGCAGCUCUUCAUGUAUCAAAGUUACUUGUCUUAGCAAAUCCUUUUGGUGUCUAAUGGUGUGGCCUUUUCUUCGGUUCUUAAUCUUCCAUUUAAACCCACUUUGGGUUCAGAUUUGUUACUUUGUAUCUAUUUCCUUUAUGGGAUUUUUAGUGCUGAAAACUUUGAAUCCCAGGCCUGACUCAAUUAGGCCUAAGGACUUAGAUGUGUUCUUUAUGUCUGUGUCUGCCUCAACAGUUUCGAGCAUGUCAACGAUUGAAAUGGAGGUUUUCUCCAAUGCCCAACUUGUAGUUUUAACUGUUUUAAUGUUACUAGGUGGGGAAGUCUUUCUGUUCAUGCUUGAACUUCAAAUAGCAAGGUCCAAGUCCAAGAAACAGGAGAGGAUUGAGAACAGAGAAGUCGACUCAAUUGGCUUCGAACUAAGUUCUUCAUGUCCCAGAAAUGUUGUCAAUCGAAUUGAUGAACUAGGUCUCAUCAGAGUGAUCACAGUGCCCCACAAUUCAAUUAUGGAAGCUAGGAAUGAAAUUAAGUCGAUGGGUAGUAAGGAUGUUGAGUAUAAUUCAAUAAAGUAUUUAAAUUAUUCAGUCUUAGGUUAUUUCCUAGUGAUUCAUGUAGUUGGGUCUGCAUUGAUUUUAUUAUAUCUGAUCUUUGUUCCAAGUGCAGGAGAUGUACUGAAGAACAAGAAUCUUCAGAUACAAACAUUCUCUGUCUUUACAACUGUCUCUACUUUUGCCAACUGUGGUUUUCUCCCUACCAAUGAAAACCUGAUAGUUUUUAGGAAGGAUGCAGGAUUACUUCUAUUGCUCAUCCCUCAGGUCCUUCUAGGGAACACUUUGUUUCCACCAUGCCUGAGAUUUAUGAUAUGGGUCUUGUGGAGGCUUUCUAGGAGAGAAGAAUUCAAUUACAUAUUGAAUAAUACGAGGGAGAUGGGAUACAUUCACUUAUUCCCCAAUUUGCACUCUUUCCUUUUAGUUGUGACUGUUUUCGGGUUCAUAUUGAUACAGUUCAUACUCUUUUGUUCCAUGGAGUGGAAUUCAGAAAGCUUGGCUGGGAUGAAUCCUUAUCAGAAACUAGUAGGUGCCUUGUUUCAAACAGUGAACUCAAGACAUGCCGGUGAAUCGAUCAUUGAUCUCUCAAUAGUCUCCCCUGCAAUCCUGGUGCUAUUUGUCGUUAUGAUGUACCUCCCUCCUUAUACUUCUUUUCUACCCAUUAAAGAUGAAGAAAAAUCACAAAGAACUACAAAUAGGAUGAGAAGAAGAGAAAGUCUGUUGGAGAAUCUCAUAUUUUCACAGCUCUCUUAUUUAGUCAUGUUCAUCAUCCUCAUUUGCAUUACAGAGAGGAAGAAGAUGAAAGAAGAUCCCCUCAACUUUACAGUGUUAAACAUCAUUAUGGAAGUGAUCAGUGCAUAUGGAAAUGUGGGCUUUACAAGCGGCUAUAGUUGCAAACGGCAAUUGAAGCUUGACAGUCACUGUAAGGACACCUGGUAUGGAUUCUCUGGAAGGUGGAGCAACAAGGGCAAAUUGAUUCUCAUCUUGGUCAUGUUUUUUGGAAGACUUAAGAAGUUCAAUAUGGAAGGAGGUAGAGGCUGGAAGUUGUUAUAAAAGAAUUAAUAGAUUGCAUAUGAUCUCCAACAUUAGAAAAUUGAGCACAUCUACAUGAUGCAAGAGAAUAGGUCUGAUACCAAAUAGGAAGUAGAAAAGAAAGCAUUUUGUUAUUUUCAUGAUUAUGUUGCACUUGUUGA